GUCAAAGUCAAAUGUCAACGGAAAAAGUCGGAGCAACGGUCAAAAUAUCGAGAUUUGAUAAAAAAUUCUUAACUUUAAUUAUUGAAAGUAAUGAAUGUAAUAAUGUGAUAUUUCUGUAAAUUCUUGUUUAGUGGAAAUACUACUAAACGUAUCAAAGUUCAUAAAUAUUUAGCUUUACUGUCCUACAAAUAUGAAGGACCCUUUUGUAACGGACGCAGCUAUCGAUUCGCCGGCACACAGUCUGAAAAACGUCGAUGGAUGUUAUAAUAAGAAGCUAUUUAAAACCAAAUCAUUUGCUAAUUCACGUCGUGCCUUGCAAUCCGGCGCAGAAAAGAUAUCCAGGACUUUUAGAAGUGUAAGAAAUACUUUUGGAAAUUUGUCACAGCACUUCAGGUUGGGUGGAAGACGUAGGCACCGUCUAGCGGAGACUGGAUCUCCAUGCCGUACACCGUCCACUCCCGUUACAAAGAAAAAGAUACUUGGCAGGAGCCCCACCAAACUGUAUAGUCCAUUUGGUAUUGAGACUCCACACAGUCGCGACUUCCGCAUGUCCCCAUACAUGCCUGACACACCUGAUCAUGGAUUGUCGCCGAAACGUCGUAAGGGCGUCACCCACUCGUGGCAUCUUCUCGCUAAGAAGAGGCCGAGAGCGUUAUUCCAUUGAAUGAACCGUCUAUAUAGCAAUAUGAUGCACAAAUAUAACCCACCGCUUAAUAUAAGGAUCAGCUUCAUUUAAUUAUGAUUGUAUUAAUCACUCCUUGUAGAGAAAUUUGCUAUUAUGAAUGAUAUUGUCAUGUCGUGUUCAACUGAUUGUUUGUGGUAAGAUUGUCAUUAAGAGCGUUCUUAACUUUAGUUCACAGAAGUGUGCUUGCAACAAUAUAAAUACUUAUUUAUUGUUGAUAUGGAGAAAACAUUUGAACGAAAGAAAUAUUUAUUAAGUGCUCAAUAACACGCUUAAUUACGAAAACAUUUAACAAUAAUCAAAAGUAAACAAAUAAUUAAAGAAAAGCACUAAAAUUAUGUUACUAUAUGUCGUGUUCUUUUUAACAUGACGUUGAUUUUCAGUGGCACGAAUUUGCAUCAAAGCAAAAUAUGAAGUAUAUGCAUAUUUUGUAACGGUAAAUUUAUAUGUAACAUAUUCUAUGAUUGACAUUUGGGUUCGCUAGUAUAGCAUUUUAUAAAUAAUCAAUCAGAAAAAAGAAAUAAAUUGUUUUUGUAAAUUGACAAAUAAUUGUGAUGUUGCCACACUUUGGUAAGCUAAAGUAUAAAUACUCUUAAAGAGUCAGGAAUUAACAAGAAAUGGCUGUAAGUAUUAUAAUUUUAUAAGACUUUUUAAAAUUAGAAUAAGCAAAAUUGCUCAUAGUUGAACAAAAACAUGAAAUAGACAUGACAUUCAGAAACUUCUCUACAAGUUGUAUUAUUUAUGCAAAUGGUGCUAUAUAUAAUGGAAUAUGGACGAAAAAAGGGACUCCUUCGCCUAUUUAUAAGGCGUAAAGUAAUUAUUCGUGUAACUGAAUAACUUCUGCCAAGGAGCAUAUAUUGUUCACAUAAAAGACAGUUCUGUGAUUGUUAACAAGGAAAAGUGAAUAUUUAUUGAAAUUUAAAAAUCAAAUUUAUCCUUUCGGUAUGAAUCGUACGGGGUCACGUGAUGGAUUUAGAAUGAAAAGUUUAAAGAUUAGAUUAGGUACAUCCUUAAUUAAACUCAUCUAAUAUUAAUCCUUAUUAAUAUUAUAAAUAUGAAAGUGAGUUUGUUUGUUACCUUAUAGCACCUUAAGGGCUUAAUUGAUCACUAUGAAAUUUGGCAUAAACGCGCUAUUUGGAAUGGAGAAAUAUAUGGGCUACAUUUUCAUCCCAUUCAAUGAACAUAGACCGAUCAAGCGGAUGAAGUUGCGGUUUUUUUUUAUGGGUGAAAAUGGUUUGGUAACCGCGCCUGCGCUAACGGGAUACGCUGGCUGAGCACCAGUGAAGGAUGAUAGGUGAGAAUGAAAACAAGCCAUUUAGCCCAUCAUGAUGAAUUCAUCAGGAAUUAACCAUGAUAGUUUCUAGGGAGAACCGCGAGGAGGUCGACCUGGUUGGGUAUAUUACACUAGUAGUAGGAUUCUCAGUCUCCGUUACUAACAAUCCCUUUCCCCCCGAAGUUGCGGGUAGAAACUAGUAGAUACUAGUCUAUGUAAUACAUAAAUUUAUUUAUUUAACUCUAUUGCACCAUAAAUAAAAAUAUACAAUAACAAGUGGAUAAUUCAAGUGAAAUACAGUAACAUAAAUACAGAUUGAAAUAUACACAUAAAGGUUCAAAAGACGAUCUUGUCACUAGGACAAUCUCUUACAAACAACCUUUCGUUAAAGGAGAAUAGGUAGAAAUAAAUUUUAUGUGAGUGAGCAUUUUGGCGCUUUUCUUUUCUUUUUGAAGGCUACGGGAGUCCUUUUUAUCGUCUGUGUAAUAUUUGUCAGCGAAUAGCUUUUAACCUUGGCAGCUAUAUUAGUUUUAGGAAUGACCUGUCACGGUCUCGGUGAUAUCUAUGUACACCUUUCAUGUUCAGUUGACGGAUAGUCUUGUGAUCCCGUACUUAAAUAGUAUUAUUUAGUCCAGUUUGAGCCGGAUUAAUGUUUAUUUUUUUAAUUUGCUCUUUCUUUUCGGCCAGCUACAUUUAUAUAAAAUUAUUUUUUAUUCCGUUUUGAGUCUAUAGUGAUUCAGUAAAAAGAGAGAUAAGAUCAAACGAGUGUGUAUUUAUUGUGCUAAUCACAUUAGUAAUCUGUACUUUCCUACCAAGUAAUACAGUACUUUUUACUACAUCUGCAAGGAUAGAGUAUAAUUCUAAAGAUAUUAUUAGCUACUUAUGGAAGGGUGCAAGCUGGCAACAUAAAUGGCAUAUUUAAAAAAAAAAAAAUUAACUGCCUUUAAUUUAGUAUUGAAACAUAUUUUGGACCAUAUUAUCAGCUGGUUACAGAAAAUAUUUUUAUAUGUGAAGCUUCAUUUACUAAAUUUAUAUUUUAGAACUUUUUGAUAUUACUGUAAGACAAUCUUACUAAUAUAGUAAAAUUGUAACUACGCGAUGUUUGUACAUGGGAGAUAUUUGAGAAAAAUUAAAAGGGGCUUUUGUAGAAUAAUUUUUACAAAUUAUAUCCGUAUGUAUGUUUGUUCCGGUAUUGCGCAAAAAAUAUUGCAUUAAAUUAGAUGCGGUUUACACUGUGGUAUUCCAGAAGGUUUUCUAUGUAGUGUAUGUUUUAACUUGAUAUGCUAUCUAGUAGAUUCUCCUACUUCUAGAUGAACUGCCUACUUCUGAAAUCUACGCGUAUGAAGUAUUAGGCGGGAAGAUAGUAAUUAAGAAAAUUGUCUUUAAUUGUAUCAAAUAUAAUACCAUACAAUUUUCCUCUCAUUAGCAAUACAAUUUUAAAUCAUCUUCUGAAAGGUAACUAUUUACUCACUAUUUAUAUAUUUGAUUCAAAUAACUUUAUUGACUAAAAGAAAAUAUGGUACAAAAAGCGGACUUAAGUGCUAGUAGCGCCCCCUACCAGUAAACCUUUGGUAUGAACAAUGAAUCACGAACGCGGUACUUUAUUAUUGGGUUAGGUAUCCGAGUAGGUGUAGUAAAAAGCAUUUUAAUUUUUAAUAUUUUGUAAAACGACAGUACAUAGAUAGAUAUUUUUAUAAUGUGUACAAAUGUAUGGCUAACAUCUGUAUGAAGUCGAGUUACGAGGCUCUGUUUUUCUAUUGGUAGUGUUAAUGAAAAUGUAGUUUUAUUCUUUAUAUCUUUAGGGUUUUUUUUUUAGAAUUGAUAUGAGCAUUUUAGCUGGUUUAUUUUUACAUAUAAUUAUAGAUAUAUUUUUUAGAAUAUCUAAAAAAAAACAAAAUGUAAUUGAUUUGUCUGAUUUAUUUUAUGACUAGUAUUAACUUUAAUACUACUCCAUGAUGUAUAUGUAUGAGAAUUAAUAAAUUGAAGCGGGUAAAAUGAAGUUUACCUUGUAUUUGCUUCAAUUGCCCUUAAACAAGUGACAGAUGAACAUGUCGGUAGAUACAUUUUCGUUACCGCAACGAUGAGUUAGAAAAAAAGUCUGAUGUUGGUAUCUCAUUUUCUCUCCUGCGUGUGAUAGUGAAAAUAUAUCUAUCGAUUCGUUUGUCUACAUGGGCAAGGUAAAUCAUGGAGCUAUGUCAUGUAACUUUACGUUGUAUUAAGUUUAUUUCUAGUUUGUUUACCGAGGCUUUUCUGUAUUUUUUCCCAGUAUUAUUUUUCCAUUAGAUUUGUCAUAAUAUAUAGACAAAAAUUUAACAUUCUCAGCGUUAAUUGUAAAGUGCAAAUGUAUGAGACCAUGCAACUAUUAAAUAGUUUUGUUUAUUUCCAUACAUUUGCACUAUUUAAUUAAAGCCAUCUUUUUAAAAUGGAAUACCAAAUUUUUACCUUCACCUACUAGGCAAAGUACCAAGGAGACUACAAUUUGUACAGGUAUCUCUGUCCCAUAUAUGUUUUGCAAACAACUGUGCUUCAGUUUGAAGCGUGGCAUUAUCAUCAUAUCAGCUUCCCCCUUCAGGGGGGGGGAGAGGGUUGCCAAUAGUUGCCACGCUUAGUAGGCGGAUUGGCAACCACAGUUAGUCUUUGGAGAUGUUUUAAAAAGGACGCUGCUGUCCAUCCCUCGCCCUCCUUUAAUCGCCUCUUACGACACCCAUGAGAGUGGUGGUGACCUAUUCUAUGCCGGCACUACAGGGCAGUAAAGGAAGAGUGGCAUAUAGCAAUAAAAAAUCAAUAAACCUCUGCUUAGAUUGGAGACAGAUGGCGCUGUGUAAAAUGUUCCAAUAUUUUAUUAAUAAAGCCAAGAUGACGCUGGUUCCAUUAUGUUGCUAGCAACGGGACUACUAAUAUCCAAAAUGAAUACGAAUAAUUCCCUCUCUCGACAAUACCGUCACAGAUAAUGUAAUAUUACACUAGAUACCGCCGUACUAGAGGCCGUGUGGUCCCGGCAUAGAAUAGGCCACCCCUUCCUUUCCCAUGGGUGUCGGUGAGGCGACUAAGGGAGGGCGAGGGAUGGCCAGCAACGUCCCUUUUAAAACAUCUCUAAAGCCUAACUGCGGUUGCCAAUCCACCUGCCAAGCGUGGCAACUAUUGGCGGAACACCUCAAGGGAGAGGUUUAUGUUCAGCAGUGGACAGUUAAAAGCUGAUAUGGUGAUACUAGAUACCGUGUUAGGUAUUUUGUCUAGAGGCAGAUUGAUAUUGAAAUCAUAUCUCAGUAUUAAUAAUGCCAAAUUGUAUUCGAACUAUAUACCUAGGUAUUUAUCAAAAGUGAUUUUUAUACUUAUUACGCUUUGCUAUGACAAUAUUGUAGUCUGCUAAUGCUUAGAAUAGUAUCCAGUAAAGAUAAGGGGUCCUCUUGGCUAAGAGUUGCCAUGAAAUAUGUUUUUAAUUAUAUGGCAUCUCCAUCAUUUUAUCAACUGAUUUGAAUGAUUCAUCACUGACACCUUUAUUAUAAUCGUAGAUUUCACGUAAUUUAGACAAAGAAAAGUCGGUCUCGUUGAGCAUCAUCUUUUUUUAAAAGUCGGUUUUCUAACCGACCGACCGAUAUUUUCUAAUCGUAACCAUGCAAUUCUUAGUAAAAAGGGUCUCUUAAACUAGUUAAGUUUAUGUUAUAUUCAAAUGGAAGGUACUGUUGUUGUUUGUAUGUUUACUUAUAUUAACUUGGAACAACCAAAGAACGAGUGACCGUUGUUAGAUGCUUAUUUCAUACAUACAACAUUGUAAAAUUCAAGAAAAAAGUAGAUAGAUAGAUUAACAAAUGAGUUUAUACAAUCAGAUUAUUUUCAUUUUUUUUUUAAUAUAAAACAAAAGAUAAAGUAUGGAAAUAUGUUUUCACCAAGUGUGUCGCAGUAACCCAAAUAGGCUACAGCUCAGUGAUAGUUUUGCUUAAAAGCAAAGCACUGAUUUUCAGCUACAGCCUGAAGUUAGGCUACACGGACGCGUACAACAAAUCCAGACUGUAACCUAUAUAGCCAAUUUAACAGCCAAAGGUAAAAUUGUAUUAUAUAGAUACAUAUUUACGUAAAUGAUGCAUAAAUAAUAUAUAUGCAUCAUUUAUAUAAGUAUAAUAUUCUUUUUUAAACGACCGGUAAUACACCUGCAAUUGCGUUUGCAAAUGAUUAUGGGCAACAGUAGUCACUUAGCAUCAAGUGACCCGCAUGCUCGAUGGUCUUUUGUGUUAUAAAAAAAAAUCCUUUAACCAUAGUUAACUGCGAAUAAGGAUUAAUUGAAAAAAUAAAUUAGGGCAAUAUUCACCUGAUACACGAACCGUGUAGCUUAGAUUCAUUCAUUAUUUUUAUAAGGACUUAUGAUAAUUAAAAAUAGAAACACUGCCAUAGAUGGCAUUAUAGUGGAGACCGCGUAUCGACAAACGUAGUGUGCGACGACAAAACAGACUAGCAGAAGCAGCGAAGAGCCAAAGAAUACAGAGGAAUAACACCUGUCCUCAGGAAUGGCAACUCAUAGGGGGUAUCAUGGGCGAAACAGUAUAUUCUGUUAUGUCCAUGGUGCUACUCAUGUCUAUAGGCGACGGUUAUCACUUUCCACCAGGUGGGCCGUCAGCUUGUUUGCCAUUCAAAAAUCGUGCUCAGUGGCGUAUCUUGGGAGAAGCCUAUGUCAAGCAGUAGACUGCAGCGGUCUGAUUAGGAUGCUGUGAUGAGAUUGGAUCAUCAAUCCAAAUAUAAGAAACGUAUGAAUAUCAACAAUACCUUGCUAGUUGUAAUAGCUAUAGAAUUUAAGUAGAUAGUUUUUUUUUAUGUACCCAACAAAUUCUGCAAGACUGAUUACUUGAUUGAUACAAUGUUGUAGAAUAGAACGAAUUAACUUUCACUGCCCUCUGGCCAUAGAGAAUAAAUGAAAACAGAUUUCUCUGAUACGACCAUAGACUUAGUAUAAUGUACUUAAUCUAAAGAUACAACCACUAGAGAUACUAAGUCUAUGCCAACGCAUUAGUGAUUCGCUACGGGCAAUAUAUUGUAAUCUCUAUGGUGUAGUGACUCAUAUUUCAGUAUCGAAGAACUGGCUGUAUGGUCUAACUACCUUUGCCUGUUAACAAGGCAUAUUUCGUCAUAGUCGUAGAAUACUGACGGAUCUGACAAACAAAGAUUACAUAUAAAGAUCCGUCAGUAUUCUACGACUAUGACGAUUUAUGAAACGACAACCAACCAAACCUUUAAACCGAUUUACAGUUACCUACACUGUAUUCAUUCCAUUAAACUUCAAAUAAAUGUACUAAAUAAUCUAUUCAAAUAAUUACACCUUAAAUGAAGUAACCCACCUAUAAGGUAAAUACAUAAAUGUAAUAAUUUAAAUGUAAUUUUAUUUAAUAAAUACAUAAUUUAUAAUUA